AUGUUCGGCGGUCAUCAUCAUCAUCAUCAUGGUCACCAUGGAAUGGGUGGAGGAAUGGGAAUGGGUGGAAUGGGUGGACCAGGAAUGGGAAUGGGAAUGGGCGGUUACGGUCAACCAGGAAUGGGAAUGGGUGGCUUCGGUGGACAACAAAUGGGAAUGGGAGGAAUGGGAGGAAUGGGUGGUGGUUAUGGUUCACCAUACGGCUACGGUGGCAUGGGUGGUGGUAUGGGAGGUGGUUACUAUUAA